AUAAUCAAUUUUUAACAAACAUCCAUAAUAAAUGCUUAUCGACCAAUCUUUUUAGCCGAUCAAACCCGUCAAAACAACUAUUGCGAAAAAGCAAUAGUAUUUGAAGAAGAAAACAUGUCAUUUUUUCUAUCAAAGUGAAGUGAUAAACAGUGAACCUCACCAUUUAUCUUCAUUACUACACCCUUAAACUCUCAAUCUUGAGCAUUUCUUCUGUGAUUCAAUCAGGAAGCUGACCGAUAAAGAAACCAUACACCGUAUAAUGGCAAGUUUUAGUUUUUGUCCAGCGUUUCACAGCCCUAUUAUCCGAAACAACAACACAGAAUCAAAAUGGUCUAACAACAAAAACAUUCACAAAGCUCCUUGUAUAAAGGCAAUGAAAGUAGAGAAGCCCUUGGAAGAACUUUACAACAUCAGGGUAGAAAGAAAAGUAACUCCCGAACGAUUAAAAGAGCUUGGGGUUUCAAAAUGGUCAAUGUGGAAAACAGGAAAAUGUAAACUGCCUUGGGACUGGCAUGUGGAUCAGCUCGUUUACAUCGAAGAGGGAGAGGUUAGAGUAGUUCCAGAAGGAAGCAAACAUUUUAUGAGUUUUAAAGCCGGUGACCUUGUGCGUUACCCUAAGUGGUUCGAGGCCGACUUGUGGUUCAAUGAUUUCUACGUAGAACGUUAUAGUUUUCGCGCUUAUGGAGACGAUUAAACAUUUUGUGCUAGGUGGCUCUCUUUAAAUUCUAAUAAUGUUAGAUAUGUAGCAACUCAGAUGUAAAACGGUUAACGAUAUCAAUAUAUGCAACCUCUGUUGUAGUCUA